GUCCAUGGAAAGACGUCGCGGGGGUAGAGAGCAGACCCAUGGGAUGCUCGAAGUGUAAAGGUUAUGUCAACUGUCAUUGUUUGGUCCAUUCGAUGGAACCUCAACUCAAGAACUAUCCAUGAUUCACCAUUACUUCAACGAAAGUCGAGUGAAUUGCUUUUCUCCAGGGCGUUGGGUAGCAACCAUCACCCAUCAGCAGCCUGAGAAACGGUGAAAGACGGGCAAACACCAGACGUAAAAGCCCAAAUAUUCAUACUCGGGCCCUACCGUACAUAGGGCAUCCUCAAUGACCACUACACAGUGGACAUACUUCCAAUCCCUCACAAUGAAAAACUCUCUUAUCUCCCUGACUUCCGCCACAGGUAACUCUACCUCUCAAGAAAUAAACCCCCCGUACGGAGUUACACCUACACUCAUGAACCCCCUUCAGAAAUAUCCAACCCAUCUGAAACUCCAAACCCGCCACCGGGCAACAGUAAAUCAGUGGAGCCCUACAGCAGCUGAAAAAGGUCUGAAUUUGAAACAAACCCUACGGGCUCAAAAAACGGAGAAGUCCGACCACUCUCAUGCCAGCCGAAAUGAAUCCCGCCAGACACUCGACCCACUGAUCAACUUGGCCCUCUCCACAGUAACCGAACGUUACAUGGUUUGUAAAAGGGGGUGGAGUUCGUGGUUCAUAUUUUUUUUUCCCUGCGCCACACUCGCGUGGUUGCCUACAGGGCAUAGUCUGGUACCAUAUUUCUAACGAGGGUUGUUUCUGGUUCUCGUGGGGAAAAAAAAGAGUGAAGAAUGUGUCUCGGUAAUACUUACUGGACACUAUGUCUGGUACUAAAUUGGUUAGUUUUUUUGGAUGAGAAU